AGGCCAAAAAAGUAACACGGUUCCCCCUUUCGGCAGAACUUUCGGCUAGGGGUUUCUCAUUGAAAAAUGGAGGCUCUCGCUCUGUUUGUGGUAUGGGAAUGCCUGAAUGCAAACCUUGCUCUCUUUCUUGAGAAAGACUACGAUGGCCAUGCUCAACCAAAUACUGAGAUGGCUGAAGAAACCAAAGGGUAAACCAGAUGCAUACAGCCUGGUCUCUUGUGCUGCUUUUGCUACCAUGUCACUUGGCUUGUCAAAUCUUACUCAAUUUGGAUUCCAGAUCGAUCUACUAUAUUUCUUCUGCGGAGGUCUACUAGUACAACUCAUGGAGAUCAAAAUGUGGUUAGUCAUUGUUGGAGGGAGCUUCAGUUAUUCACUCAUUCAAAUUUGUGAUUAUCCGCGCCACACACAACGGGAGAAUCUUCCCCUCCAGCUCCAAAAUCUAGUAAACAUUCAAGUUGAUCCACGGAGUGUUAGUAGUAGCAGUCAUGAAGAAGCUUAUGCUGAUGUUGAUAACCUCACCAGAAGACGGGGAUCUAAGAUUCCAAGACCAUUUGCACACUCAAAAUAAUUCACCUUCACAAGAUGACAUCCAGCAACAGCUUAUGAAUUGUAUAAAGGAGCUUGAGAAGGAGAAUAAGAUGCUUGUUCCCUUUUUUUGUGGUCAUGUGGACAAAUACCUUGAAGCCGAAUUUGGCUCCAAAGAAGAACCGUAUGCUGAUAUCAACUUUGUGUUGGAUGCACUUCCAUCGGAAAUUAUGAGGCGCCUUAAGGAAAUCGUGAAGCUGAUGGUAGACGGAGGUUUCGUAGAGGAAUGCAGCGACAUUUACAGCACAUGGCGAAGGGAGUUUGCAGAACAGUGUCUACUAGAACUUCUGCAAUUUCAAUUGCCCAUCAAAAUGGACUUUUGGAAGUGGUCAGCAGCGUGCAAGGCAGCUUGGAAGAUGUUUUUUCCCAAUGAAAGAAGACUCUGCGAUUUCCUCUUUUCAGGUUUAUCUGUCGCUGCGGAUGUCUCCUUCGAUAAAUUUUGCAAGAGUCUGACGACUGUUCUACUGGAAUAUGCCCAUACCAUAACAACUCAGAGCUAUACGCAGUAUACGCUUCUCGUGGACGCCCCUAGAAUGUUGAUGUCAUUAGGCAAGCUGGAACCGGAGUUCAUCGCUUAUAACAAUUUGUCGUUCGUACGUGAUGUUCGAGACAUUCAGCAAAGAUUGGCUAUGAUAAACAGCUUUAGGUAUAUUAUUUACCCUGAUAUUGUGGAGGCACCUGCUACCGACGGAGGGCUUCAUCUCAUUACUAAGGAAUCAAUGAACUACAUCCUUGGAAUUUGUGAAGGUAUGAUAUACCAGAGGGAUUGUGAAACUUACUGCAUCGAAAAUUCUUCAUUUUGGGUGGUGAUAGGAAAGAUGAUUGAGUUGUUAGAGAGCGAGUUGGAACUCGAGUCUACACGCUGAUACGGUGACCGCUCAUUGCGCUAUAUUUUUAUGAUCAAUAAUCUCAUACACAUAAACCAAAGGACAUGUGAUUUGAAAUUCGACGAUGAAUGGUUUCAACAACAAAAACGAAAGGUGAGACAAAAGUGUAACCUGUAUUAUAACUGGACGUGGAACAAGAUGAUGGAUUUUUUGACGGUUGAGACAAAUGAGUCCGGGGAAGUGGUAGCGGAUUUAAUGAUAAAAAAGAUCCGUUUGUUCAACCAGCACUUUGAGGAGACAUGCACACUUCAAUCUACAUGGAUGGUCUCUGAUAAAAAACUGAGGAAACGAAUAACAAAACACAUUGAAGGGUUCUUGUUGCCAGAAUAUGAAAAUUUUUGUGGCAGCUUUCUAGCCGUUCUUGGUGAUGAAGCUUGCUGGUAUUUUAAGUUUACAUUUACAGAUAUUCAAAAUUGUCUAAGCCGUUUGUUUAUGAACCUGAAAUAAAAGAAAAAUGUACAAAAAAGUUUGAAAUAAAAUGCGUUUUUAGUUACUA